AUGGUGAAAAGUUUAUUCGAAUACGCGCUGGCUGUGGUGUGCCGCGAGCGCAUCGACCUGGACCUCGGCUACAUCCCCACGAAUUGCAAGGAGCGCGUUUUGGCAUUUUUGUCGAGCCAUGAUCGGCUUUCCCUCAACAACAACGCUGAUCUGGUGAAGUUUCCGAUAUUCGGCAUGAAUCUGACGACCAUUCAUUUCUAUUUGUCGGAAGAGCUAAACGACCAAAUGCUCCAUCACCUGACGGAAUACAACAAAUUCCUGGAGCGAAUUACGUUAAUUGACUGCAAAAAUAUCAGUGACCAUGGGCUGCAGACCGUCACGAAAAGCCAAUUUAACCUGAGGCUCCUCGAGUUGAGGGCAAUGUCGCAGAUAACCGACGCGGGGUUGAUUUAUAUACGGACACCGCAUCUUCAAACGGUCGAUUUGAGCGGUUGCAAACAGAUAACUUCCGAAGGCCUUCGCGAGCUAUUAUCAUGGAACCGAAACAUCGAAGGCCUGUAUCUGAAUACUUGCACGGGUCUCGACGAGUCAUCCUUCUACCAUAUCGCGUAUUACUUGGGAGAGAAUUUGUCGGUGCUCGAGCUCGACUUCCUCGACCGGAUCCCCGAUUCCCCCGGCGUCUUGGCCCACCUCAGCCAGAGUUGCCAGAACUUGCGCCAAUUGUCGUUGGCCCGGUUUUUCCAGGAUGAAGAAAUGCUAGAAGUAAACCCCUAUCGUAUCGACGGUGCUUGCCUUACAAAUGUGGAUUUAUACGGGAAUUUCUUUGUAACUCUACCCUCUCUGCCCCCAACCCUUCAACACAUCCGGUUAUGCGUUUCCGGGGAAGAGGAUGUGGCCAGAUUGUUGGAAAGUUUCGAAAAUCUGCUCUUCCUCGAGAGCAUCGAUCUCAUCGUCACGUGUCGCGAGGAUAGUAUUCAAGCAAUUGACUCGGCUAAUAAUCUCCUCUGCACUCUACUACCAUUUAUUGGCCCAAAAAUCAACUUAUUACAGAUCUCCGUAGUGCGCCUUUUCGAUCCGGUGCUACGGUUUAUCCGGGAGUACUGCUUGAACUUGUCCCACUUGGCCCUCGACGUGAAGGGGAUGAGCAACCUGCUCUUUCAGAAGCUGUUUAGCCGAGGUCCUGGUGCGAAUCUAAAAACCCUGAAGAUGUCGAAAAUGCGACUUUCUUACCGGAUGCUUUUUACGAUCGCCAGAUCGGCAAGGCAGAUAACGGAGUUGGAAAGCUCUUACAUGACGUGUGUUGAUGAUCGAUUCCUCUCGCUACUAUCCGCAAAUUGUGCUCAUCUUCAGAACGUCAAUUUCAAUGGCUGUCGCUAUGUUUCCGACAAGGGGCUGACGAAAAUGGCGAGGAUGUGCCCGUUGAAAGAAGUGCGGAUACGGGGGACCGGAUGUACCGAUCGUUCCUUACAGGUGCUUUCGGAAUGGUGCCCACAAUUGGAGUGGAUCUCUUAUGCCGACUACACGGGUCGCCCACGCUUCACCGAGGAGGCCAUCAACAAGCUCAAAGCCGCCUGUAUCAACAAACUCAUCUGC